UUUAUUUUUUUUUUUUUGUUUUUUAUUCUUUCGUUCUUUCAAUAGAGAGGCAACAAUGGCAGACCACGUCGCUGCAGAGUUGCUUCAGCUCGAGAUCAGCUACGUCGGAGGCCUCAAGCACAUGAUAACGAAAUUCUAUGAACCACUGCAAAACGCGCUUCGAGCCGGAAAUCCAAUCCUGUCGGCGGACGACAUGGACACGAUCUUUGCUCGUGUCGAGCCCUUGUAUAACUGCCAUGCAGCGCAACUUGAAAUGUUCAUGACCGCGUUGAAACCGGCCAUCGAUGCAUUGGCUCCGACCCGACCGCGCGCGGCCACACGCGAUACUUCUCAAUCGAGUACAUCGCUUGCGACCACCUCCAGCUCAUCCCUCAGCGCCACACGAGAGUCGUCAACGUCGCUCAACAUUCCCACGUUUCCCAGCGCCGCGAGUAGCGACCCUUCUCCGAAUGGCAGUGCAUGCCCAUCGCCAUCUGGAUCGACGCUCGAUUUGUCCAGUUCGACCUUGGAUGUCAGCAAAGGCGGUAUGCUUCAGCCUGACGACGUUGCAAACAUGUUUCUAUCGCUGUGGGGCAAGUCGGCAGAACGCUCGUUCUCGUCUUGUUACACCAAGUUUGUGAACAAGUACGGCGCAGCGUCGUUCACGCUGAAGCGAUGCCUGCAAAAGAAUGAAAAGUUCCGCGAAAUGGUUGAGAGCUCGUCCAACCGCUUCGAGAAACGGUACCUCCAGGACCUUCUCAUCACGCCAAUUCAGCAAACGCCAAGAUAUGUCAUGGUGCUGCAACGUCUUUCGGAAAAGUUCAUCAAAGCAGGGCAUCCCCCAAACGACGGCUUGGAACAGUCGAUCGUGCUCAUCAAGGAGGUCGCCAAGUAUAUUGAUGCCAAGAAGGGUGAGGCCGAGGCCAUUGAGCAAGUCGCCGUUCUCGAGAAGCAGAUUGGCAAUAUCUGGCCCCAAUUUGUGCAGCCAGAUCGAAUGUAUCUCGGAACGUUUGACGUCAUGGAAGAGUACUUGACGGACGAAGAGUCGAGCGGUAGCAGCUCGAACGGAAAGGCGCCGCCUCGCGCGGAGGAGCCCAAGACGUCGAAAGCAAGCUUGCGCAAAAAGUUGAACAGUACCAUCGGCGGCAAAGUCGCUGCCGAAUUUGUCACGGCUGCCGCAUCCUCGCUCGGGUUAACCACGGGUGUGAAUCGGCAUCGCAGGCACUUGAUUGUCUUGAACGAUCUCAUUCUCUGCGUCAAGGACUCGACAUCCGUCUUCUCCAAAGACACCAAGUUUGAAUGCACCUGGGCCUGUCCGCUGCAUGUUUCUCGUGCCGAAGUGUUGACACAAUGGCGUGGCAAGAACGUCUACGACAAGGAAUUCAAGGAAAUCCAAACACUUCACGAUGAGCUCGCGGGCAAAGUCACGAUUGAACGCCGCGUGGCUGAGGCCGCCAAUCGCAUGAUAUCAGCCAUGCCUUCCGAAACAAAGAAGGAGUGGGCCAAACUGGAGGCUGCCGAAGCGACUGCAAAGCUUCAAGCGCUUGAAAAGGAUCUAGCCAAGGCGAAGGACCGACUAGACUUGCUCCUGCCGUCGCAUUGUGUUGGCCUUGAGUACGACGACGGAGCAGGAGUCAGGCGAUAUCGCACCUUCUUUUCGGAGGAGUCCAUGCGAAAACAGUUCAUGGACGUUGUUCUCCCUCUCAAAGAGCGAGCAGUCAAACGAUGGGUCAAGCGCAAGAACUCCAUCUCCAAUCCCGCAGCCGCAGGUCUCCCAACGCAUGAUUUGGGCGAGUUUCCGUCCGUUACUGGUCGACUGCAUCUCACUCUGGUCGAGGCCGAGAACUUGGCCGCAAAAGAUGUGGGGGGCAAAAGCGACCCUUACUGCACUGUCAAGCUGGACGAUCGGCUUCAGUUCAAGACCAAGCACAUUAACAAAACGCUCGAGCCAGUUUGGAAUGCCGAUUUCAUGUGCGAUGUGAAAGACUCGUAUAUUAUGGAACUCGAUGUGUUUGACCACGACCGGUUUGGCAAGGAUGAACUGUGCGGAAGUGUGGCGUUCCCCUUAUCCCGGCUGCCACAGGGCGUCGAAAACGAUGUUUGGCUUUCCUUGGCACCGAAAGGUCGCAUUCAUGUUGUGAUCAAACUCGAGUAACGCUGCCGAUGCGACGGUUUAUCACCACCUGUUGUGGGGCUGUGUAAUCGACUUGAGAUUUCUAUUUACGUCGUUUGUUGUAAAAAGCGCUGCUUCGUGUUUGUUACUCCUUUUUCUAAUUAUUUGUAAUUUUAAAAAUUCGGAGCUAUGACAGCGUAAAACU